AGCGCCAAAGACUAAAAACGCACGAUAAGCACUGGGAUGGAUAUCAUUGUCGUACGACAAAUACGACACUUCACUCUAGUUGUCAAAAAAAAUGAUCAAGUGUCAGUCGACAUUGUGACAUCAACCGGUGAACUUGACAUUGUGUAGUGGUCCCUACCAAGUACAAAGUGCUGGUUGGUGAAUGAAGGGCAAUAAUUAAGGUUCAGUUCAAAAAAACAAUAGCAGAAAAAAUUGAGAGUGGAUAACAACCAUGCACCCCUGAUAUUCUUAUUCUAGUGACACAAUGAAGCAUUUCCAAAUUUUAGAUCAGCUCCCAGUAUUCAUUAUCCUGUUUGUGGUGUUGAGCCAUUCCUCCAGCUUCGGAUUUCAACUAGCUCCUUUCUUCACCCCCAAACCCCAUUAUCCCCCUUCGCAUCCUCACCAUCAUCAUCAUCAUCCUCAUCAUAAACCUGAGCACCAUCCGCAACAUUAUAGAGAGGCCCAUCAUUCCGGUGAGGCCAAGGGGCCUGUUUGUAAAUGUGAAUGCAAAUUCGCUCAGUACCAGAAAUGUCAUGAAGUAGUGAAGGAGAACUGCCACGUGGAAUAUGAAACCAAAUGCGAGGAGUAUCCCGGGAAAGAGGUGUGUGUGGAAACCCCAAGGGAGGUUUGCGACGAAGGAGUAAAGGAUGAGUGUCAUAAGGAGCGUAAAUGUCAAACAGUGUACAAAAAGAAGUGUAUUAAGAUACCUUACGAUGUGUGCAUCAACAAACCGAGUUGCUACACGAAAUACUUUGAACGCUGCCAGCCAGAUUAUCAUCAUGGCAAACAAUGCAAGAAGGUCCCACAAGAGCAUUGUACCUAUUCAAAAAAAUGUCACAAGAAUUACAACGAGAAGUGCAAAGAUGUUCCAAAAGAAAAGUGCAAAUACGUGGAGACCUGUGUGAAGAAACCGUACAAGAACUGUAAAACCACUUACGACAAGUCCUGCAAAAACGAACCCGUGCGGACAUGUAAUCCUUUCCCAAAGAAGAAAUGCCAAAAGGUGAUCAAAAAGAUACCAGAUUAUCACAAAGUGGAGGAGUGUCAACGAUGCAAGCAGGUUAAAAAAGAGGUGGUGAAAAAAGUUCCCAAAGAGCAAUGUCACAAGGAACCUAAGCAAGUAUGCCACACGGAACACAAGCAGAAGUGCGACAAAGUCCCCAAAGAGAAAUGUGAAACUGUCUACGAGGACAAAUGUACCGAAACGCCCAAAAAGGAAUGCGUUACCAAAUAUAAGAAUCGUUGCCAAAAUGUCCCCUACGAGGAUUGCCAAGUGAAGACCGAAGAAGAGUGUCAUUACGAGAACAAGUGUCACACCCACUACCAAAUGACGUGCAAGAAGCCCAAGCACAAUCCUGAACCUGAUGAUCAUCACGUUGAGCAACCGGUAGAUCCAGAGAAACUAUUUGAUCCAAACCAGGCCGAGCAUUACGGCGCACCCCAAGCUCCACCCUUGGCUCCUCCCCCAACACAUCUACCAGAUCACUCACAUACCACAAGCUUCCCACAAAUCUCCACCUUACCCCCACGUCACCGCAAUCCCAAUCUCAAGUUUCACUCCCGACCACACUAUCAAUAUUACGGCAAACCAAAGCGGCAGAUACCGCCUGCUCCCGAAUCCGAGCCGCAAGAGGAAAAGUUUUCCGGAUUUGAACCCGACUUCCUGUCCGAUGACUAUGAUCCUGAGUUGGACACUUUGGGUUUCAUGAGUCGGCAGCUGCAACUAACCGGUCUCCGACCGCGAAAUCAAUCUAGGGUGACCAAUCGGCGCCAACUGGACAGUUUGGACUACGGAUACGUGAAGAAAAAUUGCGAAUAUGAGCCGAAGACUGAAUGUAGACAAGAAAAGAAAUGCCAAUCUAUCCCGGCAACUAAAUGUAGCACCCGAUAUGAGACCAGGUGCGAUCAGAUCCCAGAGGAGGAAUGCAAGGUCAAGUUACAACGCGAUUGCCAACAAGUGCCUCGAGAAAAAUGUUCCACGAUCUAUUCUGAGAAGUGCCAUGACGUCCCUCACAAGGCGUGUCAAACCCAUUACGAGAAAAAGUGCAACACCAUUUAUGAGGAGGUUAAAACUUUAGAGUUGGAAAAUCAGUGUUAUUGGCCUGAGAGCCAACACAAGAAUGAGCCUUGUACAUAAGUGCCAGCACAUAAAUAGUUAGCGAUUCCAAUAUUUUGAAUACGUUGCGAAUUCAUUUUUAUAUCUAUCAUUUUCAAAGUGCAGCUUUUAAUCGGCAAAAAAAUAAAGGUCCAACAUUUUUCUUGUUAUCACGGAUGAAAAUAAAGUAAUCAUGACAAA